AUGGACUCGCAGCGUGCCAUUCUGGAUGAGCUGAUGGGCAAGGACCGCGACUUGCCCCCAGGCGAGCGCACGGGACGAACCCUGAAGUUCUCGGACCCCAGCGUGUGCAAGUUCCAGGUGGCAGGUCUGUGUCCCAAUAUGCUGUUCAAGAACACCAAGAGUGACUUAGGGCUGUGCCAGUAUGAGGUGCAUGAGGACCACAUCGACUGGGAGGACAUCAAGAAGCAAUGGUCAGAGCUUAGCGAGCAGGAGAGAUUGAGGUAUGGCUAUGAAAGGGAUCUGCUGCGUCUCCUUGAGCAGCACAUCCGUGAUAUGGACAGAAAGAUUGCCAAGGCAAAGGAGAGGGCAGAAAAGGAGAGUGCGCCCAGGGAACUGAAGGGGGAGGACAGGGAGAGGUUGGCUGAAAUCCAACUGAAAAUCAAAGAGUCGCUGGAGAAAUCGCAGACACUUGGUGAGGAAGGCGAUGUUGAUGGCUCGAUGAUGUUUGCACAGCAAGCAGAGUCCUUUAAACAACAGCAUGACAGUCUCAAGCGCUCCCUCACCCAGCCUGAGCGCACGAUGACGGUUUGUGAGAUCUGUGGCGUCUUCAUCAACAGCACGGACAAUGAACAGCGCAAAAAGGCGAGUUUAGACCACCUCAAUGGCAAACAGUACCUUGGCUGGAAGAGGAUACGGGAAGAGCACAAGCUGCUCGUGGACAAGUUCGACAGGCUGAAGCACGAGCGCGAGGUCUCGCGAGACAGGGAUCGAGACCGAGAUGACCGGGCCCCAAGGGACAGGCGGUCGGACAGGGGGAGGGAUGAACGGCGAAGGGACAGGUCAAGGGACAGGUCGCGAGACAGGGCCAGGGACAGGUCACGAGACAGGGCCAGGGACAGGUCGAGGGACCACUACAGGCGCCGGCGGUCUCCCUCUCCAAGGAGGCGAUCGCCAUAUAGUCGCUCGUACAAGGCCUCAGGACCAUCGUCAGACGACCACCGACGAAGACGUCACGAGGAUUACGGUUAUAGGUAUUGA